UGCCUCUCUUUCCUCGCUAUCCAUUUUGAACCGUCGGAUCCAGUUCGGGUCAAGCGACGGCGGCCAUGACGACGUCGAGCUCGCUGCUUCCGGCGCUGCUCUGGGCCCUCUCCUUCUUCGCCGUCCACCGCGUCCCUACCGGGAGCGCCCAGUCCUUGCCGCCGGCGAGGUACGACGGGUUCUUGUACGCGGAGCACCGCGUCGACGCGGGCACCAUCGUCAUCGAAGCCUUCCUGGACCCGGUCUGCCCGGACAGCCGGGACGCGUGGCCAUUCCUGAAGGAGGCCGUCGACUACUACGGACCUCGCGUUUGGCUCGUCGUCCACCUGCUCCCUCUGCCUUAUCAUGAUAAUGCUUAUGUCGCAUCUCGUGCGCUGAACAUUGUGAAUUUGCUAAAUACAUCAGCAACGUUCCCGCUGCUGGAAUUGUUCUUCAAGGAGCAGGUGAAGUUUUAUAAUGCCCAGACUGUAAACAUGUCAAAGGCAGCUGUGGUGAGUUACAUCGCAAACUUUGCCACACAAGUCGUUGCGGACUCCUUGAAAUCUGCAGUUGUGUCAGGGUUCGAGAAUACGCAAACUGAUCUUAAAGCAAGGGUUUCUUUCAAGUAUAGCGCAUCAAGAGGAGUAUUUGGCACACCUACUUUCUUCGUCAAUGGAUUCUCAUUGCCCGAUAGUGACUCCACCAUAGAUUAUAGUGGAUGGAGAAACAUUAUUGAUCCACUGAUAGCUGCACAAGGAGAUCCACGCGAGGAAAAUGUUUAUUUUUUCUAAUGAUUUGCUGUUAAUGGUAGUCAUUUCAAAUCUCUCUCUCUCUCUCUCUCUCUCUCUCUCUCUCUCUCUCUCUCUCUCUCUGUGAUGCUGUAUAGCUCUGGAUCAAAUCAAAGACUUUUGAUAUGUCGAUGCGGUUUUACCUUAAGCAUGUUGGUGAUGUGCAUAAUUAAGUGAUAGUAUUGUGCCGGUUGACACAAUGUGAGAAAUUAAAAGCGUCGCUUGACUUGAUGUGCAA